AUGCCACCAAAAGCGGCGAAAGGUGGGAAAUCGUCAAAGUCCGAUCCUAAAGCGGCGGGCAAAAUGCCCAAGAAGAAGGAAGGAGGAGGAGGUGGAAAAGCUAAAAAGAAGAAGUGGUCUAAGGGAAAAGUGCGUGAUAAGUUGAAUAACAUGGUCCUGUUUGAUCAAGCCACUUACGAUAAAUUGUACAAAGAGGUUAUAACUUAUAAAUUGAUAACCCCCUCAGUCGUUUCGGAAAGGCUUAAAGUUCGGGCGUCUUUAGCGAAACAGGGAUUACGGGAGCUUCUUGCAAAAGGUUUAAUAAAGUGCGUUGUACAUCAUGGUGGUCAGCUUGUUUAUACAAGGAGCACGAAGGGUGAUGAAUCUGCGAUUGCUGAAUAA